GGAGACGCCACAACGCAUCACUGCUGGCAAAAUAAAAACUUGUUCCUCGGAUGCUCUCUUUUAUCAUUCAUCUACCUAUACUAAACUGCACAUGCCAUAUAUGCAUUUCCUCCUGGUACGUUCAUGGCGGCCAUCUAGCAGCAACUGUAUGGAUUAACCAAAAAUCAAGUAUCAACUUGCGCUGCGCGCUCGCAUUUUGAUUGAACCGCUGGCAGACUGCGAGUUACAAUUCAGGUCGAUCUCUACCAUCUUUUUGUCAUCCGAGUUAGUGACAUCAAAUAAAAGACCAAGAAAUAAAGAAGUUACAACUUGCUGCAGAGAAUACAGCAGCUUCCAACCAUGAGGGCGCUUUUUAUUCUCAUGUCGACCGCUUUGGCGGUUGCUAUGGUAGCUAGUCAGCCUCCCCCGUUCACUCCAUGGACGAUGCUGCCCCCUGCUGAUCCGCUUGAGCCAUUCCAAAACCCAGGAGAGAUCGUUCCAAACACCGGUCUAACGAUCCAGUAUCUGAUCAACGCUGCUGGGGGCAUCUGGCAACAGGACCGUGCCAUUGACUCCGCGGCUUAUUUUUGCAAUGAUGUCCUCCCUUUCAUCGCUUCGGUAGUACCGGAAGUGGAUGGUUCAAGUCUUAUUUGGGGUCCACUCUGCGAUGAUGUGAGGGAAGCGUCGAACGACCUUGAUAAUUUCGACGCAACGGGCUGGUGUAAUGGAAUAAUCGAUAUGUUCUUGGAUCCAACAGCCCAGGUAUAUGGUGGAAGGGUUCGAAGACAAUCUUCCUCGACGUCUCCUGGACCCAUGGAACUUCCUUUUGAUAUCGUUGAAAUCCUAGUCAACAUAACCAGGGAUCUCUAUGGAAUAGAUAUCAACAUGAUCAUCGAGGAUUUAUCCAUGAUCAGAGCCAUCUGCACCACCAACAUCAAGGAUCACUUCCUUCGGCAGUCCCUUGAGGACGUCAUAACUAAUUUCGGCUCUGAGCUGAUGGCUGUCCUUCUGCCUCAUGCACGUCCGAUCUGUCAAGACUUUGACGGCUUCCUUCAGAGCUUAAUGGUCAACUCAUCUUUUGAGAAAACUAUCUUUCAAGAUAUCCGUGAGCUAGUAGCCCAAGCGGUCGGCUUCAGCAAUGGAGAUGCCCUUUGUGAGAACAUCCUUUCAACACUCGAAGAUGGAAACAUCGAGGCUAGACGCUCAUUCUCAGCUGCUCGGAUUUCUAGCGCUUUCAGAAUUCCGGAAAAUGCAGACAGAUGCUCCGUGCUGCUCAAUGGCCUCAUUGAUGACGUUAUCGAACCGAUUGUCCAAUUAGGAAACCCGAAUGACAUGAUGUUUUCAAUAACGGAUGAGAUGAUUUACAAGUACACUGGAUUUCAGGGACCGGACCCCGUGGAUAGAAUGUGUCGUUUCGUGGAAAUUGCUUUCACUACACUGGUGGAUCUUCCUGAUUCAGUACCAAUUCAACUUAUCCCAGAGACAAAUCUUAGUGUUGAGUUCUUCAUCAACGCGGCAGGGGGUCUGUGGCUUCGUGAACGAACAAUUGAUUCCUUUGAUUUUGGUUGCAGAGAGAUCCUCCCCGAUCUUCUCAGGCUGGCGCCCUCUUUGACCAACUACGCUGCCUACUAUGAGCCAAUCUGCAGCGAGAUCCGCGAGGCAGCAAAUGACCUCGAUGCGUUUGACGCAGAGGGGUCGUGCAACGAUUUGAAAGCCACCUUUAUGAACCUGAUUAACCAGGAUGUCGGCAGAAGGAGGCGAAGGCAGACUGAUGAUCCUAUGGCUCCGAGUAUCGACAUCAUCGAAAUCAUGGAGGAUAUCCUCAGAGACGUCUACAACAUUAAUAUCUCGGACCAGUCCACCGUAUGUCCGAAUAUCGGCCAGUUCCUUGGUCCAGCCUUGCCUGACUUGGUCACGAGAUUCGUCGGAGAGCUGACCAACCCCUUGCUUCCUGCGUCAAACUACUACGCGUGCUCAGACUGGACUGAAUAUCUUCCUAGUGUUGGGAUCCACGCUAAUUCUACCUAUUACCCUAUCAUCUUGGCAGUAGCAGAUAUAGGAUCUCGAAUGCUCGGAUAUGAAAAUAGGAAUGACAUCUGCACGGCUAUCCAGGAAGCUCUUACAAAUGGAGAUGAAGCUGGGAAGGGUUUCGGGAGGAAUGCCUUUGAGAGUGUCAUUGACAUCUUCACCGACGUUGACAUGUGUAUUAGGAUCGGGACGGACGCAGUUGAUGACAUCGUUGAACCCCUCGUUCGUGUCCUGUAUGAUCAUGAUGAAUAUGAAGUCACAAGAUACAUGAUGUCCCGCUACACCGGAUACAGUACCGUCCAGGAAAUCUGUAUCGCACUGGAAACAGCAUUCACUCAAUUAUUCAACAGUACUUUGACGGUGACGAUUACCGUUGAAACCCUGAAUGGAGAAGAACUUCAGUUCACGGACGACCUAAAGAACAAGGAGUCAGCUGCCUUCAAGAGACUUGAAACAGCCUUCUGCGGAGGGGUUGUGAAUCUCAUUGAGAACGAGUCGGGUGCUCGUCGAGUGGAAUGCGAGGUGGUGUCAUUCAGCCAAGGAAGCGUUGUUGCUGCGUUGGACGUGAUGGUCUAUGCCACAACCCAAACCAACGCUGAUGGCAUCGCGGAAAGUGUGACCGAGCUGUCUGUCGACGUUCUUUCGUUUGACGGAGUUUCUCUGGGCGUUUCAGAGAUCACAACCAUGGUAACUGGAGGUGCUGGAAAGAUUGGAAGCCCGUCCAUUGGAGCAAUCAUAUUCUUUGCCUUGGGCGUGGUUACGGCGGGACUAUGGUAGAUCUGCCUUCUUUGGCGAUGACGUAAAUUCCUUUGAACGGAUAACAAACAUGACAAGGAAUCGCCGUCAAUUCCAACGCAUGGACACGCAAAUUAAUUUUAAGUUAAAGGGGAGUGAACCGUGUAUGGUCUCACAUUGACUGUGUGUUAUAAAUACAUAGUCUUAAACUAUACUUUUUUCAGAUAUCUAAUAAUACAACAGAGAAUGAAUUGACCUAUAAUUGUAUUUGUUUCGAGAAACUAAAAUAUUUUGAGAGGAAGAGUAAUUGUUUUGCUGCUUGGUUGCCUUGGUAACAUAAUUAUUGCGGUAUAAAUGUAUUGGGAAGUAAUAACAAGUGAUAUCUUGAAAAUGUAUAUUUUAUUGUUAAAAUAUCGCAAUAAACUUGGUAGACAAACAAACUUUGUAUUCAAACUAAACAGAGAAAAGAAUUAUUGAUAAUGGAAUGUUAUAGUUCUGCAAAUAAAUCAAGUAAUGACAAGUAAAACUUUUAAAGUUAUAGACACGGACAUCUUUAUUUAUAUUUAGUGAUAGUGCUAAGGUUUGAUGAUAAUUUUGUAUUGAAUUUACACAGAAAACAAAAUAUUUAGAAUGGAAUGUUAGUUCUACGAAAAGAUCAGUAGUGAUAACAAGUAAAAAACUUGAAAACUAAGGACACAAAUAUCCAAUAUUUAGUACUAAGAUUCAAUUAUAAACUUGGUGGAGAAACUAAGUAAAUAAUGUACACAGAGAAAAUCAUUAUUUCAAAUAGUUUAAUAGUUAUACGACUGUCAUGGGAGCAAUAUUAUCAAUAAUUGAAGACUUGAAAACGAAAGGUACAGAUACCCUUGUUUAGUACAAGCUAAUCAGACAAGUGAAUUAUUUAAAAUUUAAUGAUAGUUUUUACGAAACACGUCCGCUAUCGUCAGAAAUUCGAAACAAUAUUGGGAUUGUGCCUUACUUCGCUUUUACAGUGUCCUGAGCUUUGACUAACGUCCAAGCACUGGACUCCGUCUUACAAAGAGUUGCAAUUGAUCCAAUCAACCGUAACUCUAAGGAAAUCCAUUAGGGUCAUAAUUUAUUCUACAGGAGUUUUGCAAAAUGUCCUUUGUAAACAAAGAACACACCAAAUUGUCGAGAAAUCAAUGAAUUUAUAAUGUAUGUAUGAUUUGUAUUUGCCUAUGCUGAUAAUGGAAAUGGAAAAUAAACUUGAACUUGAACUUGAACUUAAACUUGAAUUCAUGGAUAUACAUUCAUAUCUAGAUUUUUUUUAAACAAACAUGCAUUUUAUAUGUUGACUUUGCUGGCUUUCCAUAGUUGCGAUUGAUCGGAUCAAUCGCAACUCUUUGUGAUACGGCCCUCUGAUCUCCCAACCAGUGGGGAGAUCAUCAAUGGCUUCAAGUCAGUUCUUACAUUAUAAGAAGUCGAAAAUCUCAACAUUUCUUUAACAUUAAUUUUUGUUACACUAUUAUAUGCUUUCGAUAUUUAUUGUGUGCCUUUUCUACAUGUCUACGUGUUUUGCAAGCAUUAGUGGUAGAGAAAUCUACUUUGUUUUUCAUUCACAGACAAUUAUGAAUAAUUCAGACACCAAAUAUUCUUUCAAAUUUAACCUUCUACUGUUUGGGAUUUAAGAAACGGUUGGCUUUCCAUAGUUAAAACACAUAUUUAGGCCCCAUCUUCCCUUCUCUAUCUCUCUCUCUUUCAUACUAAUGAGGAUUAUGAUUUUUAUUCUAUUUACAUUUCAAUUCAAUUCUUUAUUUCAUAUCCAUUCAAACAUAAUACAAAGUAAUAAAAAUCGGGUAUAAUUUUACAGAUGUACAUUCUUACCAUACAUUUCACUGUCUUUUGUAAUAACUUCCUUGUUAAAAAAAAAAUAAGGUAGUAGUGGUAUUGCUAUCACCGUUUUAUUCCUAAGAAGAUUUGAAUCCGCACUAAGAAAUAGGAAAGUCUUUCGUAUACUAUUGAUAAUUCCAUGGUGGCAAAACAUUGAGCAAUUAUUUAAGUUAUAUUUUUUUACUCAUCAGUUCUUGCCAUUUUAUAUAUCUCUUCUAUAUUUUUUAAAUCUCAUAACCACUUUGAGUUCAGUACGAACCUGAAAUACAUUCAAUUCUGUAUGCCUCGUGUUUGAAUUAAACUAUUGACAUAGUAUAGC